UUUCUAUUAACAACUCAAUUAAUCAAUUUCUAAUUGAAUUUCCUAUGAAGGAGGGGUUAGGGUUACCGGAAUCGCUCAUUGAGGUUUCCAAACCUUCUUCCCGGUACGGCGGCUGUAUCCACCUUCUCCGCCUUUUCCAACGCAUCUCACUCGCCGCCGUUAACAAACAACAUUAUCUCACCGUCCUCUCAUCUCUCGAUCUCAUCUCUCACAAUAGAAAAUCAAUCCUUAACUCUCUCUUCAAGGACGAACGGCGCGGCGGUCGUGUCCUCUUUAGCGAAGACCUUCGUUCAUCGCCACACUCGUCCUUGCAUCAUUCCCUCUCUCCGACGAAUUUAACGACACACCAUCGUCUCCAUCUCAAGUUCUUUCGCUUGUCUCAUUUUCAACGUUCGCAUUUCGUUCUCUACUUGAGCUCAAUUCGAAUUCGAUGCUUCUUCGAAGUCGUGGAGAAGAUGACUAGUUCAACAGCAAGGUUUGUUGCAGGUUGCGUAAUGGAGAGCUUUGCGAGGUAUUGCGAAGAUGAUGAUUGCAGAAUCGUGAAGUGGUGAAGAUUUAAUGGAUAAAGAAUCGGUGAAGGUUGAUGAUGGAGAAGAUUACGAUGAUGAUUCGCGAAGGAGGUGGAGUGCGAUGAUUAAAGAUGAUGAAGAGUUUUGCAGAAUUUUCUUGUGAGUUCUUGGAGAAUGAAGGAGGAAGAUAAUUGUAGGCUAUGGUGAUUGGUGAUUCUAUUGGAUGAUUUAUGACAAGAGAAAGAUGAAGAACGUCAAGAGGAUGAUGAAGAUUGGACAAGGUGAUUGAAGAUUGAAGAGAGCAGAAGUUUGUUACAGGUUGUUACCAUUCUGUUAUCUUUUUCUGUUUUCUGUUUUCUGUUAGUUUUCUUCUCUGAAGUUCUGUUGAAGAGUGAUGAAGAGAUGAGAGCAGAUGAAGAUUCAGAGAGAGUUUUCGGGUCAAGAGUUUGUUACGAUUUUUUUUCAUUUUCUGUUCUCAUCUGUUUUCUGUUAUGCUAUUCUUUUGUUCCUGAAGGUUGAACCGUGAAGGUGAAGAUUGAAAAUGCCGAGAGAUGAAGGUUCGGUUCAAGAUUCAUGUGGCGAAGGAUCCCUUUGUGAAUUUCUAUUACGUGUGAAUUUCUUCUUCUUCUCUGCUGACCUGUCCCCGAACCGGUUCGGUUCUAUUCUGGUUUUGUUUUACAGCAGGUCAGUUUGGCUUGGGAAACUCACAGCAGUUUGAGGCUAGAACCGUAAUGCAGUUUGGUGGGAUAUUGAUGCAAGCAUAUAUCUUGCAAUGCCAUUUUCUUGUGAUGAAUUGUAUCUCUUUUUUUUGUUGUUUUUGGAUGAAUGUAAUGUGUUGUAAUUGAACUUUGAAUGGACUUGGACAUUUGGAUUUGCACUUUGAUUUGUAUAA